AUGCAAGAGUUAAACAAUAGAGCCGAAAAAGAAAGCAAAGAACAAAUAAACAAGGCAAUUAACCAAAUAAUUAAAGAUUAUAAACUGGAUUUUCCUUGUCCGCAUUGCGACAAAAGGAUUAAUGACGGACAUUUUGACCAAGGGACACGUCUAUUUGGUUAUAUUAACGAACACAUAAGAAAUAUUGUUGAAAAGCAUUUCAGUUUUCAAGAAGGCGAUUACCGGCAAAAAUGGUUAAAAGAAAUGGAAGAAAAUCGAACUUACGAAAAUUUUCCACUGGUUAAAGAAUUGAAAAAAAAUGUCGGUGAACUCCAACAAAAAGUUUCCCAACUCCAAUCUUCUGAACAUAUUGAAAAAUUAGAGCGAGUGCGUCAAUUAAGCGAAGCAAUUAAACAACAAAGAGAGAAAAUAAACGAAUUACAGUCUUCCGAAUACAUUGAAAAACUGGAAAGGGUUCGCAAACUGGCUGAGGAAGUUAGUGAAUUACGCAAUCAAAAUCAGUUAUUGCGGGACCAAAGCCGAAUCAACAGCAAAAAAAAGGGAGAGUUAUUCGAGCAAUAUAUUUCCGAAGAAUUAAAUCGGGUUUUUGAUAACAAAGACAAAAUAAGCAAAAUCACCCAAACCGGUCGAAAAGCCGAUUUUCUUCAAGAAGUACUAACCGAAAACAACGAAAUUGCUGGUCGGAUAAUUUACGAAGCCAAAGAUACCGAAAAAUGGGAUAAUGAAUGGGUUAAUAAAUUAGAAAAUGAUAUGGCUCAUUUAAGAGCCGAUUUCGGUAUAAUUAUCGCUACUUGCGAAAAUGGCAAACCUUUGCGUUGUCUAGACCCGCGCAAGAAAAUUUAUGUGAGUGAUGAUACUAAUUUCAUUUAUAUUGCUAAAAUAAUGCGAGAUAGUUUAAUUCAAAAACAUAAUUUACUAGAAACAGUUAAUGCGGACAGCAAAGAAAAGAGAAUUAAAAAAAAAGAGUUGGGAGAUUUGAAUAAAAAUGCUAACAGUAUUAGCAGAGUAGCCGAAAAUAUUAAGAGUGAACAACAAAAUCAACAAACCCAAAGUGCGGUUUUACAAUUAGCAAGUAGUCUUUUAGGUAAUACCAAUAACCUUAAUCAAUUAACUAAAAAACCGAGUGGAGAAGCGAAGACUAUUCAAGAAAUAGAAGAGGAAUUUUUAAUUAGUGCUUUUCAACCCAGUCGGUCGGGUAUUGGGGGAACUCUGCCACCGGAAAUUAUUGAAAGGAUUUGUGAACGAGAAGAAAGAGAAAUUGGAGGUUCUAGCGAUUUAAUAAUUUUUUUGAAACCAAAAGCAGGAAGAAUUCCACAAGUAAAAGGAAACCAAAAUAAUUCUGAAACAAUUAUCAAUUUUUCAGCUCAAAUUGCCUAUGAGGAUAAAAAGGGAUAUAAACAGUUUGUUCGAGAUUAUUUAACUGAAAAAGGAAAGUUUGAUUAUGAUGCCUAUUGCUUGAUUAGAACUGAUUCAUCAAUGAGCGGACCAUCCGCCGGUAUUGCUUAUUAUUUAGCACUUCAUAGUUUAAUCAAUCAAAUUCCUUUACCAAGAAAUUUAGGUUCAACUGGAACUGUUUUCAAAAGACCAAAAGUAGGAGGGAUUGGAGGAUUAAACCUUAAACUAGGAUACAAUGUAGGAUAUGACAUUAAAAAAGAAAAUCCGAUAAAUAUUUUUAUUUUGUGCGAAGAAAAUAGAAACAAGAAAGCAUGUGCUAAAUUAAAUAAUGGUCGCUGCUACAAAGAAAAUUCGGGCUCUUAUUAUGAUUUGGUAUCUUUGCAAAUUAAAGAGAAAAUUAAACAAGUUCAUUUUAUUAGCCAAGUCGAUCAAAUAGAAACUGCCUUAAACGAAAUACUAAAAAACCCUAAUGAAAAAUUUGUCCAUAGUUGUGGAUCCAAACCUCGCGAACCACCAAGGCAACCAAACUCCGAAAUUACUUCCGAACAAAUUUUAACUUUGAUUGCCGAAUUACACAUCAGAGAAAAAGGAGGUUUGGGAGAGCACCAAGAUUUUUGGGAAAAAUUACAAGCCGCUUAUGCUAAAAGCUCUGAUUAUCAAGAAGCGACAGCAAAAGUUUUGAGGCUCCACGAGAAAUAUUUAGGAAAUUCAAGAAGAGUUGAAGAGUUAGAAAAAGCAAAGGUCCUAAAAGAACAAGAAUUGCAAAUUUUACUUAAACAAGGCCCACCUCCUCCUAGGGACAUAGAAGAGGAAAUAAAACGAUUACAUCAAGAAUAUCAAACUAAAUUUAAAGAAAUUGCCUCUCCGGUGGCUAAUUUAACCAUGGAAAUUUUAACCAAUUUGCAAAAAUUUAGUUAUACUAUUCAAAAAAUUACUUGA